CUCCGCCCACCUGGCUGGACUUGGGACGCUUCCUAGGGGCGCGACAUGGAGCUGUGGUCGCUCCUGUUGCUGCUCUCGGGGCCCUGGGCCCUGGCCGAGGCCUGGGCAGGCGCGCACUCCCUGCGCUACGUCUACACCGCGGUGUCCCGGCCGGGCGGCGGGCAGGCGCGGUACUUCCUCACGGGCUACGUGGACGGCGAAGAGUUCGUGCGCUUUGACAGCGAGCGGGCGGGCGCGCGGAUGGAGCCGCGGGCGGCGUGGAUGCAGCGGGAGGGGCCCGAGUACUGGGAGUCGCAGACAGGAAUCGCCAGGAGCAACGCUCAGAUCUACACGGAGCGCCUGGACAUCCUGCGGGGCUACUACAACCAGAGCGCGGCCGGGUCUCACACCCUCCAGAGCAUGUUUGGCUGCGAGGUGGACGCUGACGGGCGCUUCCUGCGGGGGUAUCGGAGCUACGGCUAUGAUGGCAACGACUACCUGACCCUGAACGAGGACCUGCGCUCCUGGACCGCGAAGGACACCCCGGCUCAGAUCUCCAAGCAAAAAAGGGAGGAGUACCGUGAGGCAGAGAUCUACAGGACCUACCUGCAGGUGGAAUGCGUGGAGUGGCUUCAACAGUACCUGAACAAAAGGAAUGAGAUCCCGCAAACAGAACCUCCCAAAUCACACAUAACCUACCACCCCUUCUCGGAUCGUGAGGUCACCCUGAAGUGCUGGGCUCUGGGCUUCUACCCUGAGGAGAUCACCCUGACCUGGCAGCUUGAUGGGAAGGAACUGAUCCAGGACACAGAGCUGGUGGAGACCAGGCCUUCCGGGGACGGAACCUUCCAGAAGUGGGCGGCUGUGGUGGUGCCUUAUGAAGAGGAACAGAGAUACGCUUGCUAUGUGCAGCACCCGGGGCUGCCGGAGCCUGUCACCAUGAGAUGGGGGUGCCUGAGAGGUACCGUGCAGACCAAGGUCACCAGCACCCCCAGCUUACCGCAUCCUCCCCAUCCCCCACUCCAUGGGUACUACUGUGACCCUGAUAAAGACACCUGUCAGCUGCUCUGA